UCUGUAUACAUCGGCAUACAUUGUCCUGUAGGUCAAUCUGGAGCAGAUAUCGAAAGCACAAUCGGUACACCAUUAAGGUACUGCCAUCAGUUUUAAUAUGUUCAAAUUCAACUUUCAUGACCCUGAUGAAACAGAUGGUAGUGCAGUUUCAGAUGGAACCAGACAAGAGGGUAACAAUGCAAGCACAGGACCAUCGCAGUGGCUGACAGCGAACGAAAUAUUUCCAUCUUCCGAACUCAUUGAGCGGUAUAAGUCUGUCUGCACAUUUCCAUGUGGGAAAUACCACCUGAAGCAUAUUCCAUUUGAUGAAGCUAUGAAGGACUUAUCUGAGAUCACCACAGGGGAAUUCAUUGCAGAAGCUGAAUUACUUCAUUCAGAUCUUCUUCCAGGAAAGUAUGAAGGGGGCCUUAAGAUCUGGGAGUGCACCAGAGAUUUGGCAGACUUUAUGAUACGUGAAGGAAUUGACUUAACUGGCAAACAUGUUCUGGACCUUGGCUGUGGAACUGGUCUCUUGGGAAUACUGGCCAUGCACCUUGGAGCCGAGUCUGUUCAUUUCCAAGACUAUAAUGCAUCAGUCAUCAGGGCUGCCACAAUACCUAAUGUGAUGUUGAACACGUCACAGCUGCGGCAGGAUGGAACUAUGCCUUCUGCUAGAUUCUUCUCAGGAGACUGGAAAGAUUUUGCUGAUCUCUUCAGUACCGAGCUUUUGGCAAAUAACAAAUAUGACUGCAUCUUGACUUCUGAAACAAUAUAUAACCCUGACAGCCACCAAAAACUUCUAUCUGUAUUCAACGCAUGCCUUGGGACGUGUGGAGUAAUAUAUCUGGCAGCCAAGGUGUGUUACUUUGGUGUCGGGGGUGGCAUCAGACAAUUUCAAACUUUGCUAACUGAUGAUUCCUCAUUCCAAAGCAAAGUUUGUUGGACAUGUUCUCAAGGUGUUCAGAGGGAGAUCCUAAAAAUAACCUUUUAAAAUGCAGCAUUUUGUGGUUAAGAUACACGCUAAGAAUGGAGAGAUUAUGGUGCACCAAACACAAGGCUGUGUAGUGUGAUGCAGUAUUCAGGAGUGUGCCCAGAAGAUAUGAAAAACAUGAAUUACCCAUAAGUAUUCAUUAAUAUUGCUGAGAAGAAACACAUCAAGAUCAGUAAGGACUGUGAUCAGAAGACUGAUACUUGAAUAUGACUGUCAUUAUGUGAAAAAAUAACUUUCAAUUUCAUAUUUAUUCUCUGAUACUAGAAUCAAAACAUUAAACCAACUAUAUCCAGGGAGCGAAGCCUUCUUGGGAAGCUGAGAAGAAUCCAGUUCAUAACCUUUCACCCCACUGUCUUUAAUAUCCAUUUUAAUAUUAUCCUGCCAUGUACUUGUGUAACAAACAUUACGACUGAUUAGUCAGUGUGCCUGCUUUAUAAAGAUACUGUCAUGUAUUUGGGGUUCCAGGAGUGACAGUAAUGGGUUCUAGACUAGAUGAUUGGAUUUACUGGCACUUCUAGUACAAUAACUAUAACAAUCCGCAGUCAAUCUUCAGCUGAACCCUUCUUCCUUGACUGCUGAGGUCUUGCUCCAUUCUGCUUCUUGUUUUACGACUGACUGCAAAUGACCUCAGUUGUCCCCUAUAACCCUUCGGCAUGUAUAAUGCACAGAAAACACACUGAGAACACAGUGUAGAUGGAAAAUGUGUUUGUGUUGCCCAGCGAUGGAUUGUUUACCAAGAAUCUGUCUCUGUGGGCAUGUGUUUACUGAUAUAUUGCCUAGCAAUGGAUGCCCUAUUGUCAUGCACUUAAGUGGGAAGGUGUUUGUCACGCCACUGCCUAGCAAUUUGUAUACACGUUACGAUUAUCUAGUGCAGAGUUCAAGAAGGUGUGGAAAUCUUUCAGAUAUAUUAGGGACGAAUUCCACUCUCAGUACUACUACUAGACUUUUGUAAAAAUACAGGAAGGCAAAAAGAUACAGUUGUCCCUGUCCUUAAUUAAUUAAGCACUAUACCGUGAAGAUAUGUUGGGAA